AUGAAGGAAAUAUCCAACUCCACCCCCUCCUCCUUCCAUUCCGCCGCUCAGCGGGUUUUCGCCCUCCCUGAGCUUAUGUCCAAGAUCCUGGAGUACUUCGCGGGCAAACAGCGACUCUCCAGCCCGGGCAAUCCCCUCGGGUUCACCGACCUGCAGUCCCUCCAGUACUGCAGUCUGGUCAACAAAUACUGGCACAUGCACGCCAUGCGCCUGUUCUGGGGGAACCCAACCCCAGCCAAGGGCAUUCCCUUGCACUUGCAUGGAUACCUGAUUGACGAGGGUCCCUUCGACACCUCGCUCGUCCAGCGGUUUGUCGUGGUCAAGGCGGACCGGCGCCAGUUCUACGCGGAUCUGGUGCUGGAGGCAAACCUGAUGGUUGUCCGCCCUCGAGAUCAGCCGUGGGCAGAUCGACUCUUCCGGGGGUUGACUUUCCCCAAGCUGCACAAGCUGGUGAUCUAUCUAGAUCAGAGUGAGGCGCUAGUCUCGAUCCCGGUUAUCAAAGCGCCCAAUCUCUCCAGGAUCGAGGUCAAGUUGUGCAGGUUCCGUACUGGUCAAUCGAACCAGUACGUCAUGUGCGGACCGUCUACGAGGCCCCCACAGCGUCAAGUGAUGGCACAGCUUGCGGGGAUCAUUAAGGACCGCUACCCGGGAAUACGACGGGUCGUCUUCGAGGACGGAAUCGAGAUCAGCAGGACUGUGUUAGAGAAGUUCAGGAAGAAGAUGAGGGGCACAUGGGUGUCCCUCUCAAAUCACCCCGCUUGGUGA